CAACUUCAAGACAUUAUAGGCAGAACAUGUAAACUGAAAGCACUUAAGUUGGACUUUGAAAUGAACAUUUGAAGCCACAUUACGGUAAAGGAUCGUGUAUUGAGAUUGGUGUCAUAUUUGGAGGACAACCAGUGCUAGGAAGAGUAGCAACAGCAGUUCAGACUCCGUGUUUGACUGAGGAGUGGAGAUGCUGGACAGAUUCAGAUUGCAUAUCCUAUUGCAGGGCCUGACUCUGUUGAUGUUAGGCCCAGCCUGCGAAGCCUCUUCUCUUGGCCUGACAGUUCAUGUUGUGCCCCUCAACAGCAAUGGAGGGAAAACAGUUCGGGCAUAUUUUAGCGUCAUUGCUCCCAGUCCUUGUCCAUCUUUGUCUGGACUCUGUGCUGCAGGAGAGGACUGUCUGGUCUACACCACCCCGUUACCUUUCACCGGCACCAAACCCUCUGACUGGUGUGUCCGUCAGUGGCAGAAAACUGUUCCCAGUAUUUACAACGCUACCAUCAAUUUAGGAUCCAAAACAAAGUUUUAUGUAUCAAUGAAUGCUGGACCAAAGAUUCGGGCAAACAACGGGAGACUCAACCACCCUGCUUUUGUAGCUCUCCCUCCUCCACUAAGGGCCCGUGUGAACUGCCCUCAGCCCUUCCAUCUGUCUGUGAAAGACUUGGAUGGGGACAAGGUCCGAUGUCGGUUUGCCAGCUCUGACAAGGGGGAGUGUGUCAGCUGCACCCAGCACUCUUUCAUAGAGCUGAAUGAGGAGAAAUGCAUAUUGUCCUUCACUGGAAAAGCACCCACAGGACAAUAUUUUAUCUACCUGAUGGUGGAGGACCAGAUUCCAUUGCCCAGAAUAAACCAGGUCACAGAUUCACCCCUCAGCUCUGUCCCUGUGCAUCUCUCUCUAACUGUGGAAGAGUCAUCCUUUACAUGCUCUGAUGUACCGGUGGCAAUAGACAGGACCCCAAAACAGGACUCUGUGCUGUUUGUCCUGCCAUACCAGGAGGAGAAAAUCAACAUUGACUACAGAUCGGAGCAGGAGAGUGUUUUAGAGCUAGCAGUGGUCGGGCCCCCUGACCUCUACAGGACUGGCUUCGCAUCAGUUGGCCCCCUGGCAACUUUGGCCAUGGGUUGGAUCCGCUCUGAGAACAACCUGACUCAUCUGUUGCCCAUCUGCUUUACCGCAAAUACUAAGAGUUUGCAGUCAGAGCCCAGAUGUGUGUGGCUGUACCAAAGGGAAACCAGAGCACUACCUGCUGGAACAGAGCUCAAGUGCGGGAAGACGGAGAUGACUCUGGUGCUCCCUAUCACCUCCCUCACAAACAUCAACCUGGCCGAACUCCAGCUCAACAGCCCCACCUGCUCCGUCACCUACAACAACACACAUUUGACUGCAAACAUCUCCUUGAAUGGCUGUGGCACGAAGACUGUGCAUUCUGGCUCAGAGCUGGUUUACACCAACACCUUGAAAAGCGUGCGUCCCUACACUGUGAUCAGCCGCCAGCCCUCCCUUAUUCUGCCUUUGGCCUGCCGCAUCCCAAGAGCCCAGGUCAAAGGCCCAAAUUUUAGCAUUGGCAUGCCCACAGAGAGAGAGACCUUUGGUGAGUUUCGUAUUUGGAUUGAAGUUUACCUCCCAGGACAGGGACCCCUGGCAGAUUUCACAAAAAACCCCAAGUUUCGCACUAACUUCAGAGUGCGUAGAGAAGCAGAUUCUGGAACGGGAAGCAACUCCACUAAUAGCAUCUCGACAAGUGAGCAAAUAGGAACCAGACUCAGCCAACUGGAUCUCUAUGUGAGGUCCAAUACCACUGUGGCUCGAGCUGACAUGAUAGUGAACAGCUGUAUUGAGUCUGAGACAGAGGACUUUGCAGAAAGCCGGCCUAUUGUGAAUCAAGGGUGUAUAACCUCCAGCAACAACUUUGAGAUUAUUACAGGCCAAAAUAAUACCAGGGUUUAUCGCCUUAACUUAAAUACAAUACAGACCAACAAAACAACGUUCUAUGUCCAGUGCACAGUGAAUCUGUGCAUUUCCACCACACCCUCUCAGAGUUGCCCAGAUUUGUGUACCCGCUCCGGGAAUCAGAGCAUUCUGAUUGGCAGCGUGUUUAGCAGAACUUACACAGUCACAUCAGGACCGAUAAGCCUCGUGCUCACCACUCCUGCUCCAACCAUGCCAACCACAGUAACUACAGAUAAAACAGCUACAAUGAUUACUACAGUCACAACAAAUGCUACAAGUACACCAACAACUGUCACUGUAACAGUUACAGCUACUACAGUUAAUACAGCUGGCCAGAACACCACAAGCAAUGCUCCAGAACAGGCCUCAUCUCUGGCAGCAGGAAUGAUUUUGACAACUUUCAGCAUAUUUCUUCAAAAGCUGGUGUUUUACUGAUCAUGCAAUUGGAGUUAUCUGUCACACUAAGGAGCACCUCAUUUGUGUCUUUGGGACAUUUGUGGAUAGAAUCACACAGUUGAUUCCACCGAGUAUUUUGAGCAGUUUCAGAGUUGUACAUUAAAGUCAGCACACACUAAAAUACUGUCAAAAGGAAACGAAAACACACAGGAUUUGCUGCAGUUCUUUGAUUUAAUUUUUUUUUUUUACACUUUUCAUCACUUUUCAUAGUUAUAAGAUAGUAAUAAGUACUUCAGAUCUAAUAUUAGAAAAUUAUAUAAUAUUGUCUUACAGUUUACUAGUUAGAUACUGGAGCAGUUUGUCGGCAUGCACUGUAUGUUAUUGGAUGUUCUUAAUGACUCAGUGGAAACAUAUUCCUUUCCUGUCGUGAGAUCUUACUGGAAGUGUUGCUCAGUGUUUUUGGUUGUUUUAACAAAUCAGGAGCAUUGUGGAUAAAUUGUUGCUGUAUGUUAAAAUUAGCAUACCUUUAAAUAUUUAAUACUUGUCACUCUUUGAUCCUCUAACCUUAAGAUCUACUUUAUGUAUUUUUGUCUUAGACCAGCAAAAACCCAGUGGAGACACAGAACUUGUGCUUAUGAUUAUGUUAAGUGCAUCCAUCUUUGCUUUAACUGCAAAAACUAAAAUUUUACAUGUCCAUACUUGAUGGUGUAAUAACAAAUUAUUAAACAAUUAUUAUUAACCACUAAAUGUGGUUUUAAUCUGUUUUUAAUAUAUCUUUCCUCUACAGCUUCAUUUUAUUAAUCUCUUGUAAACAUUUUCUUCUGAGCUUGUUUGAAAGGCCAAUACGAA